UGUUAAAGUCCAGUUUCAGAUUCAAACAUCUAUCACUGUGAUUCUGACUGGGUCUCACACACACACACAAACACACACACACACACACACACAAACAGACUUCAGACUCCUCACUUCCUCUCCAACACAAUGAGAGAGACAAGAGUGCAAAAGAAGAAGUAACCAUCACCAAGGGGAAUAUUUACUGGCUGAAAGAGAAAAUGCACGCCCUCGCACCCCAUUUCACACACACACACACACACACACACACACACACACACACACACACACAUGUACAUCAUCACACACACACAAACUCCAUCACUCAUACAGGACUGUUCGUCAUGACAGGAGCAGCAAAACCGAGGGAAGUUUCAGAAAUGAUGUGAAGCUGUUCAGGUUGAAAAAUCCCCUGGAUUCCGUGUGUGUGUUUUCCCUGGUGUGUCGACCUCAUAAACUCACAAACACACAAACACACAAACACACAAACAAGGUUUAGAUUUUGACAAACAGAUGGCCGCUCUGAGACCUCGCCUCACUCACAAACCAAACCUGCCACCUAAACCAAAGCCACACACACCAAACACCAUCACUGCACACACACCGGCAGCGACCAGAGGAGACGCACAGGACACACAUACAUCCUCAUUAACAACGACAGAAGGCUUUCAUCAGACAGGCCACACCCACUCAUCCCGAGAGAACAGAGAGAAGGAGGAGAGACAGAAGAGAGAGUGGAGAACAGAGCUGCAGAUGGACGUGGGACGAUCAGAGCCAGACGGCAGUGAGACAGACGAGAGCGUUAAAGCAGAGAAGAGUAUGAAGAGCUCGACAGCGCCCCCUCGUCACCUAGACGAGAAACACUGCCACUGCAUCUGUCACCUCCCCCGGCCAGGCAUGAGGCUGAUGUGGGUUCCUGUGGAGGACAUGGAGGACAGAACAUAUGCAGGACGAAACGUGAAUAAUGGCUCUCUACAGCGGGAGGACAAAUCUGCAGGCGUGGAGGACACGGGCCGGAGACGGAGGACGAGCAUCAUAGUAGAACGCACUGCUGUGAAAUCUCCCACAAUGCCUCAGUGCUACAGCUGCCGCAGUUUCCGCCUCCAUCACAGCCCACGGGACGAGGCGGCAAGUGAGGGCAUAUAUGAGAGCAUGGAGGUGUUCUCUUCACAGCCUCCUGAGGAACCCAUAUAUCUACAGCUCCAACCAUCUGAUGACACCUCCCCAACCCCGCCCACCAGACCCAUACCCCCACCCCGCCCACUCUCCACCCUGCGGGCCCGUCAGAAAGAAAGGCGGAGCACGCAGCCUGUUCUAGCCUAUGUACUCUCACCGAGAGGAGGCCGUCCACCAAUCAGACCUCACAGCAGCUGUGAAAGAGGAAGUGGAAUCCCGCCUCUACGAAAACCAAAGACAGAGGACCAGAAACAAGAUGGAAACACAGAGACAAAAGAAGACACUGAGAGUGGUGAUCAGGAGCAGGUGAUCUGUGACAGAGAUGGUGGCAGUGAUCAUGCUGGAGGAGGUGAUCAUAGUGGAGAAGAGCCGGUGCAGCGUGUGAGCCCCGCCCCCCACAGGAGGUGUGUGAGCGAGUGUGUGAUGCGAGGAAAGGUCACACUGUGGCAGAAUCUCGGAACAGUGAAGCAGAGCGGAGUGUUACACACACUCACCUACAGAGAGAGACAGAGACAAGAGUGUAUGUUUGAGGUUGUGACCUCGGAGACAUCAUACUUGCGUUCGCUCAAUGUGCUCAGAGAUCACUUCCUGGGGUCACGGGAGCUAGAUGGCACGCUCGUCAUCCACGACAAAAAGUCACUGUUCUCCAACAUCCUGCAAGUACACGAGGUCAGCCAAAGGUUCCUGCAGGAUCUGCUGGCUCGAGUAGACGAGUGUGUGCUCAUCUCUGAUGUGUGUGACAUCAUCUACCACCACGCAUGCACACACUUCUCUGUGUACAUUGAGUACGUCAGGAACCAGCUGUAUCAGGAGAAGACCUACAGCAAGCUAAUGCAGUGUAACCGUGAGUUCCAUACAGUAAUGAGGCGAUUAGAGCAAUCUCCUCUCUGUAAUCGGCUGCCAUUUACCUCCUUCCUGCUGCUGCCAUUCCAGAGGAUCACGCGCAUCAAGAUCCUGAUACAGAGUAUUCUGAAGAACACAUUGGAGGGUUCAAAAGAGGAAAACACAGCCUGUAGAGCUCUAACUACAGUGAAUGAGAUAAUCAAAGAGGCAAACACACAGGUGGGUCAGAUGAAGCAGAUGGAGGAGCUCAUACACAUCGCCACUAUGCUGGAGUUUGAUAAACUCAAGGCGAUCCCUCUGGUGUCUCGAACACGGUGUUUGGAGAAACAGGGUGAGCUACAGGAGCUCAUUAAAGGUGGAUCAAUGUUCAGUUUCCGCUUCCGUUUCAACCCCAUCUACAUCUUCCUCUUCAAUGACAUCAUCAUCCUCACACGCAGGAUCAGUGUAAAUACAGAUCGCUUCCUGGUCCUUGACCACGCCCACCGCUCUCUGGUUCAGGUCCAGCGCCAAGAGGGAGGAACUCAGUUAGACCACACCUUCUGUCUAAUAAUGCUGGAGAAUCACCAGGGCAAGAUGUGUGAGCGUGUACUAAAGGCUAACACAGAGUCAGACCUGCACCGGUGGACAGCAGCAUUUCCAUCUGUCUCUAUGACAUCGGAAUUAAAGGAAGAGAGAGUGUAUGCUGACUGGGACUGCCCACAGGUCCAGUGCAUCCAGCAGUAUGUUGCAAAACAGGCUGAUGAGCUCAGCUUAGAACCCUCUGACGUCAUCAAUGUUAUACGCAAAACAAACGAGGGUUGGUGGGAGGGGAUUCGACUCUCAGAUCAGACGACUGGUUGGUUUCCUCACGAUGUCGUGAUUGAGGUCACCAACGAGCACCAGCGCCGCCGCAACCUCAGAGAACAAUACAGAAUCUCCCAUGCAGCCAAUCACAGCACUGCGAGCAGAGCCUCACUACAGGCAGCCAAUCACAGCACUGCGAGCAGAGCCUCACUACAGGCAGCCAAUCACAGCACUGCGAGCAGAGCCUCACUACAGGCAGCCAAUCACAGCACUGCGAGCAGAGCCUCACUGCAGGCAGCCAAUCACAGCACUGCAAACACAGCCUUACUACAUCCAGCCAAUCACAGCGUUCCAAACAGCCAGUCAUGAGCACCAAGUUCAUCUUGAGCAUCCAAUCACAACAUACCAGUAUGAGCCGAAGCACAGCUAGCUAAUCAGAUGCUCCAAACUCCAAGCUCUACCACUGACAGCCAAACCAAACACUUCCAAUGCUGCUGUAAAACUGUCCACCAGUCAGGGCAAGGAGAACUCGGUCAGCCUAUCAGAGCAUGCUGAGCUCAGCGUGUGUGUGUAUGCGAUACAGUGACGUCUCUCCAGUACACAUUAUCGUAACUAAAAUCAUUGUUAUGUUUAAAAUGUAAAUAAACAUUGUGAAAUUAAAUCUGUCAAG